AUGUUCUACAGAGCUUUUGUCACCGCCCUUGCUAUGGCAUCGGUCUCCAUCGCGGCUCCAACUCCUGUUGCUGUUGCUGAGGCCGCCCCUGAGAACUUCGUCUCGCGAGCUGCCGCAUACACGUUGUUCACUGGAGAUGGAUCCAAUUGGCCUUCCAGUUCUGCUUGGACUGAUUUCGAUACCAUGUGGGCCGACAAUCAAGCCGUCAUGACCACAUCGUGCAACCAAUUCGGCCAAGCCAACAACUCCCCCACCGAAAUCGCGGACAUCCACAACGCCAUCAUCAACACCGCCGGCGCAUCCGGAGUAGAUGCGCGCUUGAUCCUCGCAGUCGUCAUGCAAGAAUCGGGAGGCUGCGUCCGCGUUCCGACCUCCUUCGGAGGCGUCAUAAACCCGGGUCUCAUGCAAGACCAUAACGGCCCCAACAGUUGCAACAGUCAUGGCUGGGUUCAAAACCCUUGUCCGGCAGUCAUCAUCACCGGUAUGAUUGAGGAUGGUACAAUGGGCACGGCGUCGGGUGAUGGACUGCGUCAGUGUAUCUGGCAGAGUGGGGAGGGUGAUGCUAGGGCGGCGUAUGUCGCGUCUAGAAUUUAUAACACGGGGAGUUAUAUGCGGGGAACGGAUCUUGGCGCGCCACAAUGGGGCACUGGCUGUUAUGCGAGUGAUAUCGCAAACAGACUUUUGGGGUGGGCGGCACCUGCUACUCCGUGCACUCUAGGGAAACCUUGGCACUAA